CUCUUGCCUUAUUGUGGCAUCUGGUCUGCCUGCCUUCACACUCCAGCUUCCGUAGAUUCACUGUGGUCAUCUCAGUUAUAUCAUACGCUUUUUUGUACGGUUUCAACCCGCACGGGAUCGUCCGCCGCCGAAAGUUACGUUAUUGUGUAAUUUGCAAUAAAUGAAACGACUGAUUGAGAUAAGUAAUGGAGUCAUGAACAAAUAAGGGUACGUUUUCUUUCGUAUCAUCUAGCUAAUGCUUUAAUAGUUGUCAGUCUUGUUUACUCGUUUCUAGUCGGGUUACUUUUAUUUAAUUGAUUUUAACAUAGCGCCAUAUAUAGGCUCUUUUUUGAUAAUGUGGCACUAGCUGCUAAAACGUACACGAAUGCUGAAUUAUCUCCAGGGUUUGAAAACCUCGUAGGCUACGGGUGCAACGUUAAUUCUCAACUAGACGGUGAGUAAGAUUAGGCCUACUAUGAGUUAAAGAUGUCGCGAAAUAACGUUUCCUACCUCAGAGGACCCUUCAGUCAAUUAAUUCGUGGAACAUAAUGACAUUCUAGAAUUAUGAACCGGGUUUUAUGACAUGUAGCCAAUUUUUCUUUCCGGAAUAUUGUAGAAUACAAUUAAGUCAAUUAAUUAAUUUUCGGCGAAGUAGCGAAAAGUUAUAGGAAUAUAUGACCGUAGCCUACUAUAUUUGGGAGUCCAUUACUCUGGAUUUGUCCGAAAUCAGUCCACACUUUCUGGUGAAAAGCAAUGUCCCGGUCACAUGGGCGUUGCUAGACCCCUUUUACUGGGGCACGUGCCCCAGUAUUGAUCUGCUGUGCCCCAGUAAAAUCUCAUGUUAGAGUUUUAACAGGCUCCUAUAUUUGGAAGUGGAUUAAUGUAGAUUGAUAAUAACGGGAAAAGAAUUAUUUUUUUUCUAAUCCACAAUAUCAAAGCAACGCAGUUUAACCCAAAAUACAAGCUGAGGGGCGCACCUUGGGGUCCUGGUCCGUACACUGUGGCGCGCACAUUACUGUCCGUGCACGGCAGUGUGCAUGUGGUAGGCAUUCAAGAAAAAAAAGUGUGAUUUGAGUAAUGGGUGACCUGUGCCCCAGUAGAGCUUUAUGUCUAGCAAUGCCCCUGCCCGGCCAUAUGCAUACGGAAUAUGAAGUUGAUUUAGGCUACUGUGAAGAAUCUGAAGAUUCUGAAGUGAAUAGCACAUAAACCUUUAUUGACUCUAUACCAGUGGUCCCCAACCCUGUUCCUGGUGGUCCACUGUCCUGUUGGUUUUCACUCCGACUCACGCUAGAGAUCUUGUUGGGCUGCUGUUUCGUAGAAUCAGGUCUACCAAAUUAGGGUUGAGAUGAAAAACUACAGGGCGGUAAAUCUCUAGGAAUGGGGUCGGGAACCACUGUCCUGUAUAUUGUUACAAUUCAUUCUUUGUCAUUUGUAAUGUUACUGUCCUCUUUUUCAGACAUGUUCUAUAAGUCAGGCCCAUGGAAUUUGUUAGGGACAGCUUAUUUCAUGUUUUGCUUACAUUGAUACUGAUGAUGUCAGUCAGUUGAAAAUAAUUAAAUUCAAGGCAACUCCACAACCCAAGACAGCAAUGUGAACGGAUUGAAGGAAAUUGUCGUUUGGCCAUGGCCAGUCCAGUCUUCAGGCUGCUGUGCAAGAUCUUGUGUUCUGCUGGUUUCUUCUGUUUUAUCUUGCAGGAGGGUUUAUUUUCUCAUGGGGGCGACAUAGCUCAGGAGGAGCUGCACUUCUGCACACCUUUGAGCAGCAGUAUGAUGCAGCCAGGAGUCUGUCUGAGACAGGAUACUAAGACAACACUACCAGAGCUUACUGAGCAGCACAGGAUCAGACAGAAAGAAGAGGAGCUCAGUGGACUGGAGAUUUUCCACAUGGCAGAGUCAGAGACAGAGUGUGCUGCAGCAGGACUCAACACACUGGAGCCAGAGUGUGUUACAGCACACAGUGGGGAGCUGCACUUCUGCACACCUUUGAGCAGCAGUAUGAUGCAGGCAGGAGUCUGUCUGAGACGGGACACUGAGACAACACUACCAGAGCUCACUGAGCAGCACAGGAUCAGACAGAAAGAAGAGGAGCUCAGUGGACUGGAGAUUGUCCACAUGGCAGAGUCAGAGACAGAGUGUGCUGCAGCAGGACUCAACACACUGGAGCCGGAGUGUGUUACAGCACACAGUGGGGUCAGUGAUGUACACCGCACACACACAUCACUGAUUAAAACAGAAACUGAUCUGGGCUCCACCCACACUGGGGAUCUUAAGACAGAGAACCUAGAUGGUACAGAGCUGGGAUAUGUAACCCAUUUGCAUCCUGACCAAAUCAAAACAGAGACUGAUGAUAGAGGAUGCCUUAAGGCAGAACACAGCUGUGACUUGCAGGAUUUUACUGGGGUUAAUGUUAAAUCUGCUCACAUCAAGUGUGAAUCCAAUGAAAACUUAGUGAGUGAUCCUAUGAAUUCUGUGAUGAAUGGAGCUGGUCUUGAUCAGAUAGACAAGAUUGAAUCAUGGCAAUGUGCAGGAAAACCGAACACAAACUGUAAAAAAGAAGAAAUUUGUGAUCAUUUGACCCAAUGUGGGGACUUAAAUCAUCACUUUAGCAUAAAAAAUGAGAAUGAUCAGACCAGAAUUGUCCAGAAAUGUAUAGGCGGUAGCAACAAACACAUGCAUUGUCAGAGAACAAAUGUGAUAUAUGAACCCAUGAUAAUUAAUUCAAGUAAGGAACCAAGACUUUUGAAUUUUUUUCAAAAGAAGUCCAUUCAAAGAAAUAAAGGUGAAAUUCAUCCAGGUGAAAAGCCAAACAAGUGUACACAAUGUUCGAAGUGUUUUAAUACCAAAUCUGGUCUAAAAAAACAUUUAAGAAUUCAUAUAGGUGACAAACCGUACAAAUGUACUCAGUGUGGGAAGUGUUUUCCCCAGAUAUCUCAUUUAAGUAACCACCGGAGAAUUCAUACAGGUGAAAAGCCCUACAAAUGUAUUCACUGUGGGAAGUGCUUUUCCCAAAUAUCUAAUUUAAAUAGCCACCUCCGAAUUCAUACAGGUGAAAAGCCCUACAAAUGCCAUCAGUGUGGGAUGUGUUUUUCCCAACAAAAUGUGUUGAAUUCCCACAAAAUGAUCCAUACAGGUGAAAGCCCCUAUACAUGUCCUCAGUGUGGGAAGUGUUUUUCCAGAAUAUCUCAUUUAAAUAGCCACCAGAGAAUUCAUACAGGUGAAAAGCCUUACAAAUGUUCUCAUUGUGGGAAGUGUUUUUCCAGAAUAUCUCAUUUAAAUAGCCACCAGAGCAUUCAUACAGGUGAAAAGCCUUACAAAUGUUCUCAUUGUGGGAAGGGCUUUUCCACAAUAUCUCAUUUAAAUAUCCACCAGAGAAUUCAUACAGGAGAAAAGCCUUACAAAUGUACUCAGUGUGGGAAGGGCUUUUCCCAAACAAGUGCUUUAAAUCGCCACAAGAUUAUUCACUCAGGUGAAAAGCCAUACAAAUGUAUUCAAUGUGCAAAGUCUUUUUCCCAGACAAGUGCUUUAAAUCGCCACAUGAUGAUACAUACAGGUGAAAAGCUGUACAAGUGUACUCAGUGUGGGAAAGGUUUCAAUACAAAAUCUAAUUUUAAUAUCCAUCAGCGUGUUCAUAUGGAUGAAAUGCCGUACUUUUGUAUGCAGUGUGGCAAGUGUUUUAAUACACAAUAUACUUUAGAUGUACACCUGAGAAUGCAUGCAGAUCAGCAGCCCUACUAGUGUACACAGUGUGGGAAGUGUUUUUCCAAAAUAUCUAAUUUAAAACUCCACCAGAGAAUUCAUACAGGUGAAAAGCCCUAUAAAUGUCUGAAAUGUGAGAAGAGUUUCUCCAGACAAUGUUACUUAAAAAGCCACCUGAGAAGUCAUACAGGUGAAAAGCCAUACAAGUGUACACAGUGUGGGAAGUGUUUUUGUUCAAAAUCUUAUUUAAAUGUCCACCAGAGAAUUCAUUCAGGUGGAAAGCCCUAUAAUUGUACACAGUGUUGGAACUGUUAUUUAACCAAAUCUAACUUAGAAUUCCACCAGAAAAGUCAUUCAGAUGAGACUACCUACCCGUGUUCACAGUGUGGUAAAUGCUUUUUCAAAUUAAGUCAUUUAAGUUGCCAUCAGAGAAUUCAUACUGGUGAAAAGCUGUACAAGUGUACACAAUGUGAAAAGUGUUUUAUUCGAAAAUCUACAUUAGCUACACACCUAAGAAUUAAUACAGGUAAAAAGCCCUACAAGUGCACACAGUGUGGGAAGUGUUUCGGUUCAAAAUCCUAUUUAAAUGUAUACCAGAGCAUUCAUAAAGAUGAAAAGCCAUACAAGUGUACACAAUGUGGGAAGUGUUACUUAACUAAAUCUAACUUAAAAUUCCGCCAGAAAAUUCAUUCAGGUGAGGAUUCCUAAAUGUGUACAUUGUGCGAAGUCAUUUAAAUCGCCACCAGUGACUUGAAAAGAUGCUCAAGUAUGUGUUUCUUGUGACCACCAGACAGUACAGGUGAAAAGCCAGACCAAUUAUCAUUGUAUGAUGUAUUUUAUGAAAGAAGAACACCUGAUAAUUUAUUCAAAAAUUCCUUCAUUAUUCAGACACACAUCUGAAAUGCAUACAAAUAAAGAGCCCUUCACAUUGGAAGCCCUUAUUGGGAGGUUUGUCAGUAUUGCAGCAUUUAAAUCUGGACAUUUUCAAAAAAUACCUUCUUAUCAGCGGCAGAAUGACUGUGGCAAACUGGGAUCCCAUUUUGAUUUAAUUCAUUAUUCUUUCGAAAACGUUAUUUCCCUUUAAGUCCGAAGGCUGAUAUUUUGUGAUGAUAACAUUGACAUCAAUGUAAUUGUUUGAAAGAAACUGUAAAAACUGGAUAUACCAUAGAAUGAAAACAUGGUAAUAUGUAUUGAAAAACUCUGUUCUGAAAAUGAUCUUGGCAGUACUGGCCUUUUCAGUUCUUCUAAUGUGAAUGUUAAGGUUCUUUUGCUGCAAAAGUGUAUGUUGGCUAAAGCUGAUAAUUUUACUUCAGACAGUAUGUUUUAUCUGUUUAUCUUUGUUUCACUCUUUAUUUUCAAUAUUGUAUGUGAAUUACGUAUGACAUUGUGAAUGUAUAACAAGGCUGUACUGUAUAAAAUUCUGUAUAAACUCUCAUGUCCCUUCA